AUGCACGCUGUACACUCUCCGCCACCCAUGUCUCCUUUCUACGACGUCUCAGACAAUGAUACCGACUCUCUCUCCAUGCUCUCCGGCUCCUGUCCGCGUUUUGCUCCGAGCAUUGCCAGUUCCGCGACCUCCAACGACUGGGAGAUGCGUUCCGCGUCGCCCGUUCCUUCCGUGUUUUCCAUGACAGGUUCUAUGCGUGCCGCCGCGUACACACUCGAGUAUGGGCGUGGCCUCAACAAUUAUUCGGAGAUUUACCGCUUGCCGGCAGAUGAUGAAGAGUUCGAGCGGCUGGACCAGCAGCAUGUGCUGUUUGCUGAGGUGAUGGGCAAGUAUCCUCCACCUUUACCGGAAGUUUUGGCCGACGAUACACCUGGGGCCACAAAGACUUGCAUUGAUCUUGGUUGUGGAAGUGGCAGUUGGAUACUGGAUGUUGCUCGCGAUUUUCCACACUGCAGCACGGUUGCGGUCGAUCUUGUUCCCAUGCAAGUGCUGAAUAUGCCGGCAAAUUGUAGGAGCGAGGUGGACGACAUCAAUCUUGGUCUGCAACACUUUUAUGGCGAAUUCGACGUCGUGCAUGCCCGGCUGGUCUCUUCCGGAAUUCGAGACUACCAAGGCUUGGUCGAUCAAAUCUCCCAGACUUUGCGCCCAGGCGGACUUGUUGACCUCUUGGAGUUCGACUUUCGCGUUUACAGUAUAGACAAACAGCCACUUUUAGGUCAGCACGCGCCGUCGUGGUUGGCGCGAUGGAUGAACCAUUGUCAUAUGGCCGUCCUCACGAGAGGAGGAGAGCCAGAUGCGGCAAAUUACUUGCAUGGUUGGAUGAGGGACCACGGCUCGUUCGAAGACGUUGUGUACAGAAAAUUUUGGUUCCCGACUGCGCCAUGGAGAACUGGCAAUGAUCCAGAGUCUCUACGUCAAAACCGCAUUGCACAGGUGUUCAGGGAAGACAUUUUGGCCUUCCUAAAAUCCGGACGUCCUCUCCUACUUGGAACCGGUCUCCCUGAGGUUGUCGUCAAUGAGCUCGAAGGAAAUGCGCGUCAGGCGCCCAUGACACUGGUCCUUGACCUGCCUCUGUCUCGUUACACUGUGCACAUUGCUGUCGUACGUCCAUCCAUUUCGAGUGUCAUGGUGGUGAACUUUGAACAGUGUAGAUUGCGACGAUAUGUGGUAUACUCACUGAUUGUCGAUGGCGUGCAUCCCCGGCCCGUCCACGUUAUCAUUUACGUUCACAGCUCACCUCGGCUUACCGGAUCGCACCUUGCGAUCACUAAGACGUUGACAGUGCAAAUGAACCUGCACGACCGAAACGCCGAACUUACAGAGGGUCGCACAAACGAUCGGCGGCGGCUUGCGUGGGUCUACGCAUCUAUGGAAGAGAGUUUACGCGGCGGCAUCGUUGAUGGACGUAUCUAUUACCUCCACUCUUCCAACGUUGAAUUCGUCUCGGCGAUGCCAACGAAAUAA